AUGAAUGGCAAUCAUAUUGGCGUUUUUGGCUUAACAUCCACUGGUAAAUCAACUUUGCUCAAUAGUCUUCUUGGAGAAAAGAAGGCUGAAACGGGUGCUGGUGAAACAACAAAACAAAUUACACAAUACUCAAGUACACAAUUUACUCUUUGGGAUGCUCCUGGUCGAAAUGAUGAAACAGUAAUACUUGUAUGGAAUGUCACUGAUUAUCAAUCAAAUAGUGAUUAUUAUAAUCAACUGACAACAAUACAUGAUUUUAAUCAAGCGGAUAAUCUUUGUUUGGAUCGUUUAUGGUCUCCUCAAUUUCAUCCAGACAAUGUAAAAAGCGUUAUCUAUCUUAGAAAACAAUAUCAUAUACCUGACUUAAAUGGAUCUACAACAACACUUCAUUGGACUGAUUUAGAAACAAAUAAAACUAUUCAAUUAACACGACCUAUUGGGAGUAUUCAUGAUCAUCAAUUUUAUUGGAUUAACAAUAAUACAAUUCUUUUUCUAUCUAAUCGAGCUUUAUCUGGUCUUUAUCAAUUGUUUCAACUCAAUUUACCUGAUAAUGUAUCAACUAUACGCAAUUUUCUCGAUCCAAUUCAAAUUACCAAUUAUCCAUUAGAUAUUGAUAAUGUCUUAGUUAAUCGGCAAGCAACACGUCUUGCAUUUAGUUGUCAAGUUUAUGCUAAUUUAUCUAUUCAACAAACAGCUGAUCGUCAAGCAAUAGAGAAAACAAAACCAAAAGAUGUUCUAUAUGGUAUUGAUAGUGAUUCACCAACAAGAUCUUAUGGAUAUGGUAAAAUUCAAUGGUCAUUUAGUGCAAGUGGAAAUAAAUUUGCUUUUACAAGACGAUAUGAUGAAAAGAGUGAAACAGCUUGGUCAACUAAUUUAGAUAUAUUUACUGUAGAUUUAACUACAUCUGAUCUACAACCAAUGUGCAUUACAUGUCCUUCAUAUUCACCAAUUGAUGAUCAAGUUUUAGUUUAUCGAUCACAAUCAGUACUUGGUUAUGAAUCUGAUCAAUUCAAAGUUAAAUUGUAUAAUGGUUCUAAUUCAAAAAUAACUCUACUUAAUAAUUGGGAUUAUAGUAUUCAAGCUAUAACAUGGUCACUUGAUGGUCAAUCACUUUUUCUUCAGUUAGGUGAACAAGCACGUACUGUCAUUUAUAAAUUAUUCAAUAUCUUAUCUAAUGAUUCAUUUCCUAUUCGUCUUAUGAAUACUGGUUUAUCCUUUGAUAUCAAUAUUCAUCCAACGAACAAUGAUAUAUUUGUAUUUAGACAUGGAAGUCUUAUUGAACCAACUAAUAUCUAUUUAUAUUCAUCACAAACAUCCCUACGAGCUGUUACUAAUCAUAACACCAAUCUCUUAUCUAAAGUACGUAUGAGUACUCAAGUUGAAACAUUUAAUUUUACAGGUGCCAAGAAUGAAACAGUUUGGGGAUGGCAUGUACCACCAGCAAAUGGUACAGCUCAAAAAUCACCACUACUUUUUCUUAUUCAUGGUGGUCCACAAAAUAGUUGGUAUGAUGCAUGGAGUUAUGAUUUAAAUUUUCAAAUAUUUUCUUCACAAAGAUAUGCUAUUAUUGCUAUCAAUUUUCAUGGAUUAGAUUCAUAUGGACAAAAGUUUACUGAUAGCAUUACAGGUCAAUAUGGUACAUUACCUUAUGAUGAUCUCAAAUUAGGACUUAGCGCAGCUUUAACUCGUUAUAAAUAUAUUGAUGAAAAUCGAGCUGUAGCAUUAGGUGCGAGUUAUGGUGGUUAUAUGAUAAACUGGAUUGCUGGACAUCCAGAAAUGAGUCAACGUUUCAAAGCAUUCAUUUGUCAUGCUGGUGUAUUUGAUCUAAGAGAACUUGCUUAUUCAACAGAAGAAUUAUGGUUCAUUGAACAUGAUGCAGGUAACAUUACUCCUUAUGAAAAUCCUGAAGCAUUUGAAAAAUUUAAUCCAAUCAAUCAUGUUGCAAAUUGGAGUCAACCAAUGUUAAUUAUUCAUGGUGGUCGUGAUUAUCGUGUACCUGAUACACAAGGAAUAAGUGCAUUUACAGCUUUACAACGACGUGGUAUUCCAAGUCGAAUGCUUUAUUUUCCCAAAGAAAAUCAUUCGAUACUCAAUUCAAUGAUUUGGUAUCAAGAAGUACUCGAUUGGAUGAAUAAAUGGACAACAUAA